CGGAGGGGAGGGGCCCAGCAUUCCUGCCCUGCACCUCUGUGUCCAAGUGGUGAGGGACUGAGGGGCCCUCUGAGCUAAUUGGUGCAGAGAGUGACAAAAGUAGUCUGCUUCAAAAGAGAAACCCUGGUGGGAUGUACACAGUGGAGAGGAGGUUUCAGAGUGGUGGAAACUGCGGUAUAUUCAGAUUUCUCCUUAUAACGUCGCUGUUCUGCAUUGAGAUGUUUACAGUGGGUGCCAGAUUUUACUUUUGAUGGUUAGAUGGACCGUUUAAACAUGAAAACAUGGACCGACUGUUUUAGAGGGAGCAGCAGAACUAAACCUUGGAUGAAGAUGAGCUACAUGCAACUGGAGGAGAAUAUCAUGUCAUACCUAUCACAGAGUGAAACGGAUGACAUCCCUAAAGACUUUAAUGUGGUGAGCACUCUACAUAACUUCUGGGAGCAGAAGCAGACGGCUCAGUCUAAUGAUUCCUCCACCGAGUCGCACAGGUUUUGUGGGAAAUCUGGCAGCCACACAGACAGCCUGCUGUUGUACGAGUCAGCACCGUCCCCUGGUCCCCCUUACAUCUGCUACGUCACACUGCCAGGAGGAAGCUGCUUUGGCAACUAUAAGGUGUGUGACACUCAAGCAGAGGCACGCAGGGAUGCAGCUCGUGUGGCUCUAAUGAACUCACUGGUGAACUCGCUGCCGUGUCGGCGCAUCACUGCUGAGUUCAUCACUCACAGUUUGAAUCAAGCCGCCACAGAGAGUGCUGUCCCUAUGGAGGAUGCAUGUGACUCAAGCACCAGCAUAGGAACCUACAGUUUGCUGCUUCAGUCUUACAUGGGAAGGACCAUGCUGGAGUUCCAGGAGAUGAUGACAGUUUUCCAAUUGUUGCACUGGAACGGGACACUGAAGGCACUGAGGGAAAAACAGUUUUCUCGACAGAGUGUGAUUGCCUACUACACCCAGCAAGGGCUUGAUGAGUGCAUGCGAAGCAACAUGGCUCUGGAUUGGCUCGGACAGGAGCAGAAGUCACCUGGACUCCUGGCAGUGGAGCUGCAAAAGGCUCAUAGGGAGCUGGUUUUGGCGCGGCGUCGAGGCAUAGAGUUGCGCUUCUACAAAGAAAAAACUGAGAUCCUCAGCCUGGCCCUCAGUCAAGCAUAUAUUCACCACACACCUGAAGUCUUCAGCCCAUCUCCAAGUCAUAUAGGCCAGCAGGAACAGCUCCCUUUGCACAUAUUGUACAGCCUGAAUACAAAUGUCCAGAUGUCCCCGCAAACUCUGUAUAAUAACACGAUGCGAACUUCAAACACAGACAUUCUCUCUAACAGUCCCUCACUAUUUUCACAGUGUGUCUUUAUGCCUUUAAAUAACCCUGAAUACAGUGAAUAAGAAAUUAUAGAAUAUGCAUCAUAUAAUCUUGUGAAUAGUGUCAUGUUGGAGACAUCAGAACAUAUGACGCGUUAGUGAUUAUCAUGUUUAUUAAGUUCCUUUAUUAUGGAGUUCAACAAUGAUAAAGGAACAGAGACUUUAAAUCUGUAUUAUUGACCCUAUGAAACCCAUCAUUGUUGAAAGUCAAAUGUAUGAUAUGAUAACACUUUUGUAUUGUGCUUUUGUUCAGAAUAGCAGGUUGACAUUUACAAGAUCAGUGUUUCCCAAACGUUUCAGCUUCAGAUGGGAAAUUUUGACUGUGGAAAAGAUUCUGAACCCUGCAUGUGUAUUCACACUCCCCUUUACUCUGAUACCCCUAAAUAAAAUCCUGUGCAACCAA